AAGUGUUGUGAUCAACCAUGGAUCCUCAUUCUAGUGCCCAGGAUGUUCACCGAUGUGACCUUUGUGAGACCACCAUAGUACACAGCUACUGUGACUUUUGUCAAGUCAACCUCUGCAAGCCAUGUAUAAUAGAUCACAUAUUUGAUGAAUAUGAAAAACACAAAAUAGUCCCUUUCCAGAAGCGGAGAUCAACCCUCAUUUAUCCAAAAUGCGGAACGCAUCCACACAAAAAAUGUGAAUUUCUGUGCAAAGACUGUAACAACAUUUUUGUUUGCUCUUCCUGUGUGACCUCUGAACAGCACAGGAACCAUAAACUGGAAGAAAUUGCAGAAGUUUACAAAACAAAGAGACAAACUAUCGAGAAAGAAGCAGAUCAGUUAGAAAACCAUACAUUCCCAACCGUUAAAGAAAUUACCCGCGACUUGGAAAAUCAGCUUGCCAAUCUAGAUGGAGGAUAUGAGAAACUUACAACAACAAUGUCCAAACAAGGAGAGCAAUUGCACAGAGAAAUUGACAUCAUAAUCAAUAAAAUGAAAACUGAAAUAAGCGAGAUAAAAAUGAAACACAGAGACAUUCUACAGAAACACUUGGAUGAAAUCAAACAGAUACAGUCUCUCAUAAAACAAACAUUACUUGCAAUAGAAGAAAUCAAGAAUUCAAAUGAAGUAUCUUCUUCCAUUGAAUUCAACUCUAAAAUCUUAGAAUUUAGCAAGCUUCCACCCAAGGUUCAGAUAUCACUGCCAACAUUCAUUCCAAAACAAAUAUUCAAUUAUAAUCUGUAUAGUUUGUUUGGUCAUAUCGCCCCAUUAUCUACUACACCAGAAAAAAAUAUCUUGUCACUUAUCCAACCCAACAUUUUAUUCAGAGAACUACUGGAUGAACCAGAGCUUGUUGCCACAAUACAAACUGGGUAUAAAGGACUACACAGUGUUUGUCAAAAUAAAGACAAUAUUUGGCUGAGCGGACUGGACCAAGAUAUCAAAUGCUUCAACCAUAAUGGUUCACUCCUCAAGACAAUCAAGAUAAAACCAAAUCAUUGGCCUCUUGAUAUAGUUGAAGACACUGAUGGGCAUCUCAUAUACUCUUGUUGUAAAUCAGGGACAGUAAAUAAAGUAAAGAAUGGCCAGAUUGAAGAAUUGAUCAGGUUCCAGGACUGUAUGCCUGGUAUGCUGUGUAUCACCUCUACUGGUGAUCUCCUGGUGUCCAUCAUGAUCAAUGAUGGUGAAUUUGAAACACAAUUCAAAGUAGUCCGUUACUCAGGAUCUACAGAGAAACAAAUAAUUCAAUUUGAUGAGGAAGGUAAACCUCUGUACUCAGGGAAUGCCCACACUAAGUACAUCACUGAAAACAGAAACAAUGACAUCUGUGUAGCUGACCAUGGGGCUGGUGCAGUAGUGGUGGUUAAUCAGGACGGCAAACUCAGAUGGAGAUACACCGGUCAUCCCUCAACUAAAACGAUCAAUCCAUUUGAACCCUGGGGUAUCACAACGGAUAGUCAGAGUCGUAUCCUGACAAGAGAUUAUAAAAACCAUUGUAUCCACAUCCUUGAUCAGAAUGGAGAGUUUCUCCGUUACAUAGAUAACUGUGAUCUGGAGUAUCCCUCUGAUUUAUGUGAGGACAAUAAUGACUAUCUGUUUGUGUGUGAGUGGAAAAAAGGCAACUUAAAGAAAAUCAAAUACUCAAAAGAGACGCCAUCGUUUGAAUUAGUUAUGUAAUUCAUAUACCGUUUUUACAUGUACACAUGAA